AUGACAUAAGCAGAUUAUUUUGAAUCAAGCAAAGCUGUUCAUUUUACAAUAAUAAGAAAUAAUUAAGAUAUUGAAACUCUUUCAGGAUUGGGAGAACAAUUUACUAAUUAUAGCAAAGUGUUUAUAUUUCUAGUAACAACAUUGGGAACAUUCAUUUAUGUUAAAGAAUAGACAGAUUUCAUACUUUAAUUAUAUACAUUUGCAAUUAUUGCAUUUAUUACAUUAUCAAUAGCUACAUUAUUUAUGGAUAUGUUUGGAUAAAGUGCAGAUGCAUUAGUGUUGGCAUAUUUUACUGAUUGUGAAGUGUAGAAGUAUAAAUUUUAAGAUAAUUUAGUAUUUUAAUUACUAUUAUUAAAUAUAUAAUAUUUAAAUGA